UUUCAAACAUUCUUCUCAUCUGACCCAAGCUUUUCCUUUAUUUUCUGUUAUAAAUUAUUUUUAAACUUUUUAACUUGCACUAUUUUUUUCUUACUCCCCGCAAACUUUAAAGUUUUUUAUUUAGAAACAUUUUUUUGUAUCUGUUGCUUACUCUUUUCCUUUCCCAUUUUUCUUUAUCUUUUUGUUUCUCACAAUGCUAUCACACGAGACUCUGCUAAAGGCUUAUAUCUUUGAUUAUCUCAAGAAAACGGGCUUCGUGGACACUUGUCGCAACUUUGUCGAAGAGUGCAAGGACCUUCCGAUAAUCAACACAGCGAAGGACAGUUCCCGGGCCAACGCAUUCACAUCCAACACAUCCAACACACACAAAACCUCACGAUCCUCUCCUGCUGAAACAUCAACAGCAAAGGAUUCUAUUGAGGGCUCUAAAAAGCCAUCCAGUUCUGCUGUUGGAACCCCUGAGUCGGACGCUUGCCACCACUUGCCAAGUGUGAACGUGCCCUUUGAUAUUCCAAAUGGGUUUUUGCUCCAGUGGUGGUGUAUUUUCUGGGAUGUUUAUGCAGCCAACUUGGAGCGCCCAAAGUUUGGUGCGGUUUCAGAGAGAGUGCGCGCGUAUGUUCAGCAGCAGCAGAGGUUGAAGGGGGAAAGGGUGCAGCAAACCGGGCUAUGCUCAAUGCUAAUGGAAAGCGCGCUGCCUCUUCACAAUCCCACAAAUCCCUCGUUCACCGCGCCAAUUAUCGACACCGACGCCCUCAAUCCGGCAAAGCACCUUCGUAUAAACCGGGACGGCGAGUGCUCGCCGCAGAGCGCCGCACUCAUUGAAAGGUUCUCUAUGCCCAGCGACGACGACACUGUACGGAUAUAUGAUUUGAAUCGACAGCAUCAAAAUCAGACUGGCGGCGCAAGGCCAGCAACACAAGAACUGGCAGCAGCAGCACCAGCACCAGCAGCAGCACCAAUAGCAACACGUGGGAACAAUAGUAUUUCAGAGUUCACGCGCGGCUUGGGCGUCAACAUCAGCCCAAGCGGCGGACACACGAUUUCAGAAGAGUACACCGGGUUUCUGUCCAACAGUUUAAAGAUUGUUGCAGAGAGUCAGGCCUCGCUUGGCAACGCAACUGCCAAUGAUCCGGCUGCAAAAGAGAGCAAACUCAAUGGCGCGCGCACAGAUUCUAGCAACAACGUGACUGGAGAAAAGCCCAAGAGGAUUAGCAGAAACAAUAGCAGAAUCGGUACCAAUAGCGCCAGUAUAUCGGCGUCGCCACCUUCGCAAACGCUCCAGUCAGACAUAAGCUUUCAAUUGUAAUGGCAGCAGCAGCGGAAUUAACUGCAGAAACAAGGAUAGUGGCAGCAUGCAGGUUGAUUCCGCCCAGCGUCAGAGCCAGCAGAUUCAAUCGCAGGGCGUGAGUCGCUUGGCCCAGAAAACCCCAGUGUACACAUCGCCGCAAAUCUGCAGUGGCGCAAUUCCUCACAUUGUUCCAACACAUCGUGCGAACAGCCAGCACAUUAGCAGCCCGACAACAGCUGGAUCCAUGGUUACUCCUGGCACCCAUCUCUUCCAGGCCGUGCAGCAGCAGCCGAUGUCCCCGCCAC